UACAACGACAUGCUGUGUGCCACAGCGAAUGUCUACCUCAGUUGGGCUGCUGGGGUCCGGGCUCCGAUAUGUGCCGCCAUUGUUGCAAUCUCCUAGCUGGAGAUCAUUGCGUCUCUGAGUGUACAGAUAUACCGGGCUUUUAUGAAGUUCCCGACCUUGCGGCUGGCAAGCUCAGGCUAUCGACGCCUUCCGGGUCCACGCCACAGCCAUUUUGUCGAACUCUUCCACUGAACCAAUCACAGAUUGAUAUCCUCAACGAUGCUGUAGUUCGUGAAACAAAGUUGCCACCGAAGAGAUGCGGCGUAUGUCAUGAAGAAUGUGCAGAAACUUGUUACGGUCCAGGAGCAAAUGAGUGCAAGGGUGCAUGCAAGCAUUUUCAAGACGGGGACUACUGUGUCCGGGAGUGCCCUAGAGAAAAGUACGCCGAACAGGGCACCAACCGUUGUCUACCGUGCAAUGCGACAUGCACGCAAGCAUUCGUCGCCCCGGAAACACGAUUAUGCAGUGGCCCAGGGGACUAUCUCGGCUUGGGUGGGUGCACCGCAUGCUGGACCGUUUUGCAAAGCAAGGAAACCAAUAGGUUCCACUGUUUGAUCAAUGAUUGUCCAGCAAGCCACUACACGGAGUCACACAAAACAUUAGAUUUUGUGGAAGCGAAUCGUAUCAGCAUUUCUCAAGAGGCCAAACAGGUGGCUCUAGCUACCACAGAAGCUGGAGGGAUGAUCCGCGUGUGCAAGCCAUGUCACCCGUUCUGCGACGUGUGCACUGCAAACGGAACCCACAUGUCUAUCUGUCACAGUUGCCUACACUGGUGGUUUCGGGUGGAGUGCGUCAAGGAAUGUCCUCCGGCUGAAACAUACACUAUCAAAGCCAAUGAAACGGAAGACAUUACAAAUGAAACUGCCAUGGGACAACCAUCGAUUGAAGAGUUGAAUCAGCGUGACCGCCGAUCUAGCGAAGAGAAAACGAAAUCAGGCCCCAUUAGGGACACCCAUGCAGAGUCUCUGUUAUUACUUCCUGGUGCUAUUGAUCAGAAGCACUGCCUUCUGUGUCAUGAAGAGUGUAUACAGGGCUGCUCAGGGCCUGGUCCGGAACACUGUGUCAGGUGUCGGAAUUACAAAAUCAUCAUUGAUGGGGAGAAAAACACGUUCGUUUGCAACUCGUCCUGUCCGGACGACAAGCCUCAUAUGUUUCAUGGCAUGUGUUUGGACUCACAGCAGUUCUCCAAACUCUCUGGCCGAUCAGCGAAAGAAUUACGAGACCGCAUUCUUAUUGGAGUUGCUGUCGCAGUGAUUCUCCUCAUUUUGUUGGUGACGACAAUUUUGGCUAUGUGCCUGAAGCGCAGGGCAGAAUCGGAGCGGACGCGAGAGAAAUUGUUCUCCGCCUAUACAAACUUACAUGAAGCUGAACGAGUGAGUUAA